AUGGCUUCUCCGCUGCAGUUUGCCUACAGAACCCAGAAGACCAUCGGCGUCUUUGACGCUGCGCCCGUCUACGAGCCUCUCGCUGGGUUCACCAAGCCUGAGGGCAACCUUCGAUACUGUACCUACUCGCCCUGUGGUCGCUACUUCGGCUGGGCCUCUCCCGAGGCCGUCACCGUCGUUGAUGCUUCAUCUGGCAAGCAGGUCCUUUCUCUUCCCAUCCUCAACGUCUACGAACUCGGUUUCUCUCCCCGCGGUACUUUCGUCAUCACCUGGGAACGCCCCGCCAAGGACGAGAACGGAGAUGCUACCAAGAACCUCAAGGUCUGGCGUGUUGUAGAGGAUGGUGUCGCUGCUGAGGACAAGCAGCCUUUGGGCCGCUUUGUUCAGAAGCAACAGCAAGGCUGGAACCUCCAGUACACAGCCGAUGAGAAGUACUGUGCUCGUCUCGUCACCAACGAAGUUCAGUUCUACGAAAGCCACGAUCUCGUCAAGGUCUGGAACAAGCUUCGAGUCGAGGGUGCUACCAACUUUGCUCUUGCUCCUGGCAGCCAAAACCACGCCGUUGCCGUAUUUGUUCCUGAACGCAAGGGUCAACCUGCAGCAGUCAAGGUCUUCAAUGUUCCUCUUUUCACCAACCCUAUCUCACAGAAGACCUUCUUCAAGGGAGAUAAGGUUCAACUGAAGUGGAACCAGCUCGGCACAAGUAUUCUAGUGCUGGCGCAAACUGACGUUGAUCGAUCAGGCAAGAGUUACUAUGGCGAGACCACGCUGUAUCUGCUCAGCACUACUGGCGCUUUUGAUGCUCGUGUGUCCUUGGAUAAGGAGGGUCCCAUUCACGAUGUUUCGUGGUCGCCAAACUCCAGAGAGUUCGGUGUGGUGUAUGGCUACAUGCCUGCCAAGGCCACCAUCUUCAACCACCGAGCCGUUGCGACGCACUCCUUCCCAAUUGCACCUAGAAACACAAUCACCUUCUCCCCUACAGGUCGAUUUGUUCUGGUUGCUGGUUUCGGCAACCUUGCUGGUCAAAUCGAUAUCUACGACCUUGAGAAGGAUUUCCGCAAGGUUACCACGAUCGAGAGUGGAAACCCCAGUGUUUGUGAAUGGAGUCCUGACAGCCGCUACCUUUUGACCGCCACGACCUCUCCCCGACUCCGUGUGGAUAACGGCGUGAAGCUGUGGCAUGUCAGUGGUGGUAUUAUGUACUGCGAGGAUAUGGUUGAGUUGUACAAUGUUAUCUGGCGACCUCAGGGCCCUGACAGCAUCGCUCCUGGUGAUCCUCUGAGCCCUGUCCCCACGCCCCACGCCUCUGCCACAGCCUACCUGGGCACAGUCAAGACCCCCAGCAAGCCUGCUGGCGCUUACCGUCCUCCCGGCGCUCGUGGCCUGGCCACUCCCCUUCACUUCAAGCGUGAGGACGAGGGUGGUGCCGCCCACGUCGUGAGCAAUGGUCUACCUAACGUUGGACCCAAUGGUUUCGGUCGCCCACGCCGCGCCGUGCCAGGCGCGGACCUUGCUGAGCAAGCUCCUGCAGUCAGGACUGUUCCUGGAGCCGAACCCCUGGGCGACGAAAACUCGUCCAAGUCUAAGAACAAGAAGAAGAGAAACAAGAAAAACGCCCAGGGUGAGGGUCGACCCCAAGGCGAGCCUAACGGUGGAGCUAGCCUGGCUCCUCCUCCUCACGACCGAGGCCAUGGAUCUGGCCACGAGGGACGCAGCCCCGAGCGACGCAACCCUCGCAACCGAAGCCAGUCCCGGCACAACCAGGCCCGUAGCCGCAGCAACACUCACCGCAACGGCCACGGUCGCCACGCUCAUCAACAGGAUGCCCAGGGUGCUGCUGAUGCCGCUGCUGAUGCUUCUCAAAACCCCAAUGCUAAGAAGAUCCGCAGUCUUCAGAAGAAGGUUCGCGCCAUCGAGGACCUCGAGAUGCGUCUUGCUGGUGGAGAGAAACUAGAGGACACUCAGCUUAAGAAGAUCAACACCAAGUCGUCCGUGCUUAAGGAACUCGAUGGCCUGGAGAAGGAGAACUAA